GCGGGGAGCCCGCGCACGGCCUCGGUGCCGCCUCGGCGGAGGGAGCUGCCCUCGGGCCGCCGGCUCCUCACAUGGCGGCGCCCCGGGGCGGCGGGGCGAGCCGUGCUGCCUCUGCCCCCGCCGGGCCCGCCUCGCCCCCCCCGGCGGCGGGCGGGCGGGCAGGAGGUGCUUGGCGGUGCCUGUCCCUGCGCCCCUCUCCGACGUGCUCGGGGCGGGGGAAAGAAGGGGAUAUGAAACUCGCCCAGACGGCGGCCGCGGGGGCGGCCCGAGGGGGCUGAGGGGCUCCGCGGGACGGCACGGGGCGGGGAGGAGGGGACGGGACGGGACGGCCGGUGGCCGCCGCCGCCGGGACGCCCCGAGCCGUUGUCCCCGCUCAGGCGUGGCGGGCGGCGCCGCCGUGAUGCCGGGCGGCGGCCGCGGGAGGGCCCCGAGGUAGCGGCGCGGCGCGGCGGGCCGGUGCCGCCCGGCGGAGGAUGGCGUGCGGCGGCGGCGGCGGCUGCUGCUGCUCCAGCGCGGGCCGCCUGAACGCGGACAACGCGCGGUUCCUCCUGCUGGCGGUGCUGAUCGUGCUGUACAUGCUGUGCGGCGCCGCCGUCUUCUCGGCCAUCGAGCUGCCCACCGAGCGGCAGGCCAAGGAGCGCUGGGAGGAGCGGCUGGAGAACUUCACCCAGCGCCACAACCUCAGCCGCGCCGAGCUCCGCCACUUCCUCCGCGAGUACGAGGAGGCCGCCGUGGCCGGCAUCCGCGUCGAUGACAUCCGGCCCCGGUGGGAUUUCACCGGCGCUUUCUACUUCGUGGGCACCGUCGUUUCCACCAUCGGGUUUGGCAUGACCACCCCAGCCACUGUUGGAGGCAAAAUUUUUCUGAUAUUUUAUGGCCUUAUAGGAUGUGCAGGGACCAUCUUGUUCUUUAACCUGUUCCUGGAGCGCCUGAUCACCGUCAUAGCCUAUGUCAUGAAGUCCUGCCACGAGAGACAGCUGAGGAGGAAGGGCGUCCUCCCUCACGACGGCCGGCGGGGCUCAGGGACCUCGGAGGCAGACAGCCUGGCGGGCUGGAAGCCCUCGGUGUACUACGUCAUGCUGAUUUUGUGUGUAGCAUCACUCAUCAUCUCCUGCUGUGCCUCUGCAAUGUACACACCAAUUGAAGGGUGGAGUUACUUUGACUCGCUUUACUUCUGCUUCGUGGCCUUCAGCACCAUCGGUUUUGGUGAUCUGGUCAGCAGCCAAAACACCCAGUAUGAGAGCCAGGGCCUUUACCGCUUUGGCAAUUUUGUCUUCAUACUCAUGGGGGUUUGCUGCAUCUACUCCUUAUUUAACGUGAUCUCCAUUGUCAUCAAACAAUCCAUAAACUGGAUACUAAAGAAGCUGGACUGCAGGUGCUGCCAUAGAUGCCAAAGAAAAUUAUUUCGGUCACGGAGGAACGUGGUAAUGCCAGGGAACAUGCGCAGCCGGAGAAACAUCUCCAUCGAGACUGACAUUGUCAACGAGAGCGACACAGAUGGGCGCCGGCUGUCAGGAGAGAUGAUCUCCAUGAAAGACUUCCUGGCCUCCAAUAAAGUUUCACUGGCCAUCAUGCAGAAACAGCUGUCGGAAACUGCCAAUGGCUACCCAAGGCAAAUGAGCACUAAUUCAAAGCAAAAUGGAUUCUCUGGUGGGGUUGGAGCCCUAGGAAUUAUGAAUAACAGACUGGCAGAAACAAGUGUGGACAGGUAAAACAGUAACAGAAAUACCAGUGACACAGUGUGAAGCAUUUCAGCACACAUAGAAACAACAUGCAUCGAAUGGAAGUAGCGAGGGAGAGCGUCGCCAGAGGGUGGGCUGCACAUGAAGAGCAUGCCUUCUGUUGGAAGACCUCUCACACAUAUUUUGGGCUGCCAAUUAAUAUCUUGGCUCUUUGAAUUGCACCAGUCUCAACCUUCCUUCUUCCCCUUCUUCCCCUUCUUCCCCUUCUUCCCGUUCCUCAAACAGACUACUGCAGGAGAAAUUCUGUUUUGCCUUCAGAUCAGUUUUCCAUGUCCUGUGCUUCUCUGUUUAUGUGAAAUACAGAUUUCAGGAUAAAAAAAUCUGUGGUAUUGGAAGAAAUCAAGAGUGUCUUCUGAACACAUACUUAAUUCAAUUAUUGUUUUGAGCUUUCUAUCUUACACUUUUCGUAACUGUUUUCUGAAGGUAGCUUAUCUGAGACCAAAAGAGGAAUCAUUAUAAGCCUUUCUCUGUCCUUCUGCAGAUUUAAUUUAAUGGAACAGAAAAACAAACUAUUUUCUUUUAAAUAUCACUCCUUAACGUGUAUUCCUGUUGUGAAACAUCUAGGCUUGAAAAGCCCGGUUCUGCUGCACUAAAAAGGUAUAGAUCUGGAGCGAUUCUCUGACAGUCAGUAGAAGAACUCUGGAGCUAUUGUGAUGUGAAUGAGAGGAGAAUUUGACCUUUAGAAUUUAAUUUAGUCUUCCCUUUAAAAGGAUACUGUCAAAAGAGAUAGAAUAAAAAAAUACCUUACUUUUGUUUUCUUCUAUUUGCAAAACAUGAUUUUUUUUUCUAGGCUACUUUUCCUUCUAGAAUUGAAUCACUGUGGUUUUCUGUUUCAAAAAUAUCAAAUUGAAAAAAUCGCCAUCCUGACAAGUUGUAUGAAUUAUUCCACAAUAAGGACCGUAGACUUUUAAAAUUUCUGUCCAUAUUAUGUUCAACUGUGACUGAAACAGUUCAACAUCAACAUUAUGUAACGGAACUAGUAACUGGGUUUACAGAGCAGGCUUGAUUAUGGAAUUAGAUUGCCAUGCCAACAUUAUUAUAAGUGACUGUGAGCACAAAAUCACUUUGGCAAUGUCCUUUUUACCUCUCAUGUAAUUCUUCACCUGUUUUCUGGCAUUCAUUAAUGAUAAUGACAGGGUCUUGAUUAGGGAAAUAAAAAAUGUUUAACUCCUCAUUUUUCUCAAUGAAAUGCUCUGAGUGUUCAUUAUGACUAGAAAGGAGACUUCAAUGAGAAGCACAGUAACAGCACGAAGAAAAUGAAAACAGGAGACUAGGUGAUUUUUAAUGACAGCAAAAUUACGCUUUCUAUUAGAUAACUGGAGAAAAAAGGAUGAAAUUAACAUAAACUCUAGCAAGAAUUUAAGGAAGGCUGGGCUGAAUUCCAGUUUCUUCUUUUACCGUGCAGUGCAUUAAAGCUGAACACUAUAUGAGAGUGUAAACAAGCAGAAUGGGUCACAGAGGACCUGAGCCAAUUCUCCCUAAAGAGAAUAGUACAUGCAUCAGGACUGAAUGUUUUCUCACUUCUGUUAGCAAGAAAACCUUUCAGAAUACUACAGUUUUAGGCAACCUAGAACUCCUAUGUAGUUCUUAAUUUCUCUCAUAUGGAACAAUGCAGAUAGCUUCUCCAGUUUAACUUGUAUUACAAAAUAAUAUCAUAUUCUUUUUCUUCAUUCUGCCCAGCAACUCUUUUAUUUAGGAUCCUAAUACUACAGGAUAACAUUUUAAUACUCAUUUUAAGCAAUAUUUGAAUUUGAAAAGAAAAACAUACCUCUUGGAAUCCUUUCCUAUGAUAAAGCAAAACCAGAGAUUAGAUUAAAAAACUGCACUUAACGAGUGAAAAGAAUUGCAAGCUCUUCCUGAUAUGUUACAGUUAAAAUAUCCUGAUUAAAGGUCAAAUCCUGCUGUCCUUAUUUGCAAGGAGAGCUUCAAGCUGCAGUCAGUAGUCAGAAGUCUGGUAUCAAGUCACCUGUGCAGCAGCGAAAUAGCCCUAAUGGUAUCCCCCCCACAUUAGCAUUCAUGUGAAAUCCAAAUCAGCUCACACACCUUAACUUUGGUGAGAAGAGCAGUCUGAUUUGUCACUGGGGGGAGGGGAGGUGUUAAAUAUUUUCAAAAAAUGCCACUGAGAUGUUUUAGACAUAUUAUAGUACCCAAGAUCUAUUAUGUUACAGGUUUUUUUCUCCCACAAUUUUCUGUCUCAACCUUACUGAAUAAAAAGACUUGCAUAUAAAAAGAAAAAA